AUGGCAUCCAGAAGUUUCACCAAGAGGGCCGUCAUGAUCCUGGGCGGCGCCGCGGCCGUGGCCGUGGCCGACUUCACUAACCCGGUCCUCUGGGAGGAUCUUGCGGACCUCGACAUCUUCCGGGUAGACGAUACAUUCUACUACUCGGCUUCGACGAUGGCGUAUUCGCCUGGCGCGCCGAUCCUGCGUUCGUACGAUCUCGCCAACUGGGAGUUCAUCGGCCACAGCGUCCCCACGCUGGAUUUCGGAGACGCGUACGAUCUCAACGGCGGCCAAGCAUACGUGCAGGGCAUUUGGGCGUCGUUCUGCAACUAUCGGCCCUCGAAUAAGCUGUUCUACUGGGGUGGUUGCAUCCGGUCGGACCUCAAGACCCACAUCUACACAGCUUCGGACCCAUCCGGGGAAUGGAGCAAGCACGCCGUCAUUGACAACUGCUACUAUGACGCCGGCCUUUUCAUUGAUCCCGAUGACGAUACGAUGUAUGUUGCGUACGGAAGCACAAACAUCAACGUCGCCCAGUUGUCGGCGGAUGGCACCACCCAAGUCAGCAACCAGGUCGUCUACGAGUCACCCUCGAACCCGGGCUACAUUGAAGGAUCACGAAUGUACAAGAUUAAUGGGCGCCAUUAUAUCUUCCUAACUCGGCCUCCGGACGCAGAGUAUGUGUUGAUGUCCAAUGAUGGGCCGUUCGGUCCCUACGAGGGGAGGUAUCUGGUGGACCGCGUCGGCGCCCCCGUAGCCAGCGCCGGGGCUCCGCACCAGGGAGGAAUCGUCGACACGCCCAACGGAGACUGGUAUUACAUGUCCUUCAUCGACGCGUACCCGGGCGGCCGCAUGCCCGUCCUCGCGCCCAUCACCUUCGACGACGAGGGCUGGCCGACGGUCGAGCUCGUCAACGGCGCCUGGGGCGAGACGUACCCAUCUCCCAACGUGCCUACGCCGCCGCGGGAAGUCGAGUCUCCGGUCGGCAUCGACACCUUCUCGGGUUCGUCGCUGAGCCACCAGUGGGAGUGGAACCACAACCCGGACAACACCAAGUGGUCCCUUGACGGAGGCUUGCGGCUGCAGACGGCCACUGUAACCGACGACCUGUACGCCGCCCGCAACACGCUGACGCACAGGAUCAUCGGUCCCGCGUCCUCCGGCACCAUCGUCCUGGACUUCUCGUCCAUGGCCGACGGCGACCGCGCCGGCCUGUCCCUCUUCCGCGACCAGUCGGCCUGGAUCGGCAUCGUCAAGGACGCCGGUGCCACCAGGCUGGCCGUGUGGGACGACAUCACCAUGGACUCUAGCUGGAACACCAACAGCACCGGCUCCGAGGUCGCGACCGCCGACAUCUCCGGCACCAAGGUCUACCUGAGAGUCGAGGCCGACAUCGCUCCCGCCGGCACCAAGCAGGGCGUCUUCUCGUACAGCACCGACGGCGAAACCUUCACUACUCUGGGCCCCGUCUUCACCAUGAACACGGCCUGGCAGUACUUCAUCGGCUACCGCUUUGGCAUCUUCAACUUCGCUACCCAGGCUCUCGGUGGCUCUGUGCUCGUUGAGUCGUUCGAGAUGCAGUUGGUUUGA